AUGAACGGUGGUGACGAUGCCGCUUCCUCCGCCGCUACUAGUGGCCCUCCUCCGUCUUUAGAUUGGAGAUUCUCUCAGGUCUUCGGCGAGCGAACCGCUGGAGAAGAAGUCCAGGAAGUUGACAUCAUUUCAGCCAUUGAAUUCGAUAAAAGUGGAGACCAUCUUGCAACUGGUGACCGUGGGGGCCGAGUAGUUCUUUUUGAGAGGACAGAUAUUAAAGAUCAUGGUGGGUCCAGGAGGGAUCUUGAGGAGAUGGAUUACACAGUUAGGCAUCCUGAGUUUCGAUAUAAAACAGAAUUUCAGAGUCAUGAACCAGAGUUUGACUAUCUCAAGAGUUUGGAAAUAGAGGAGAAAAUCAACAAAAUCAGAUGGUGUCAGCCAGCAAAUGGUGCAUUGUUUCUGCUUUCCACAAACGAUAAAACCAUCAAAUAUUGGAAGGUACAAGAGAAGAAGAUAAAGAAAAUUUCUGAAAUGAAUAUUGAUCCCAAAGUUAGAGGAAACAACAGUACUCCAAGUUCAAGUAGCCCUCCUCCAAUAGUUGCAAAUGGAGUACAUGCCGAACCACAUGGCUACAUGAGCAAUGAAUUCUCUUUCCCGCCAGGAGGCAUUCCAUCUCUGCGUUUGCCUGUGGUGACUAGCCAGGAGACCAGCCUUGUGGCUCGAUGCCGAAGAGUGUAUGCUCAUGCUCAUGAUUACCAUAUUAAUUCAAUUUCAAAUAGCAGCGAUGGAGAAACCUUCAUUUCGGCUGAUGAUCUGCGAGUGAAUCUCUGGAAUCUGGAAAUCAGCAACCAGAGUUUCAAUAUUGUUGAUGUUAAGCCCACAAACAUGGAGGACUUAACUGAGGUUAUUACAUCUGCUGAGUUUCAUCCAAUCCAUUGUAACAUGCUCGCAUAUAGCAGUUCAAAAGGCUCCAUCCGUCUGAUUGAUAUGCGGCAGUCAGCUCUGUGUGAUUCUCAUACGAAAUUAUUUGAAGAACCGGAAGCACCUGGUUCAAGAUCAUUCUUCACAGAGAUAAUUGCCUCAAUUUCAGAUAUUAAAUUCUCAAAUAAUGGGCGGUACAUACUUAGUCGCGAUUACAUGACGCUCAAGCUGUGGGACAUAAACAUGGAUUCUGGUCCAGUUGCAUCUUACCAGGUUCAUGAACAUCUGAGACCCAAGCUAUGCGAUCUAUAUGAAAACGACUCCAUAUUUGAUAAGUUCGAGUGUUGUCUGAGUGGCGAUGGAACGAGGGUAGCAACAGGCUCGUACAGCAAUCUAUUCCGCGUAUUUGGAACGUCUCCAGGAAGUACUGAAGCCGCAACUUUGGAAGCCAGCAAAAACCCGAUGAGGAGGCAAAUCCAGACACCUGCAAGACCUUCCAGAUCUAUGAGCAGUAUGACACGUGCGGUUAGACGAGGAUCAGAGAGCCCCGGAGCAGAAACGAAUGGGAACGCAUACGAUUUCACAACCAAGUUGCUGCAUAUGGCUUGGCACCCAACAGAGAACUCAAUUGCUUGUGCAGCAGCAAACAGCUUGUACAUGUAUUAUGCAUGA